UUGGCUGAAGUGACGUCUUGGGGAGCCCGUGCUUGGGCGUUGGCUGAAGCUGGAGUUGUGUGGCUGGUUGGAGUUCAAACGCGCAGACGAGGUCGACGUUACAAAACUUAACUCAGAACACGAAACUCUCAAACGGAAAAGAAAAGAAAUAAAGUUUGACGAGACUAGGUUGUGUUCCUUCUCAUUGUGGCAUAGUAGCAGCAGGCAGGCACGCUGGAACCGCGCUCAAAGAACAAUGAUGACUAACCGCAUGGCUAGAUGCUACAAGCUAAAGCUAGGUAGCAAAGCUACAAGCUAAAAGCUAAGAGCAGGCAUGACUAAUAGCAUGACUGAUAGCACGAGCAAGGCUGGAACUAAAAGCAGACUAAAAGCAAGGCAUGACUGAUAGCACAAGCAAUGCUAGAACUAAAAGCAAAAUUUCAUGGGGUCCAAAGUAUUUAAACUUCCUUGUUGGCCACCCCUCAAAUGUUGCCUUGACCAAUCAGAUAUGGUCUUCGGUCUGGGGUAUCAUAAAUCAUUUGUUUAUCUUACCAAGCAUGUGGUUCUUGCCUCAGAGGGUCUAAUUUCGGACAUGAUUCCUAUAACAUGAUUAUGAUAUAUUUUACAAAUAAAUGAUUGUCAGGACAACAUCAAGCAAGAAAAUUCGAUUAUAUCAAUACUAGACAUGACUAUGUAUCCUAUAGUUAUCAAAAGACAUACACAAUAAGUGAUUAUACAUGAUGGUCAAAUGUGUGGGUUACACACAAAUGAAUAUGGAGUUAAGCAAUGGAACGAUUCAUUUAUAAGUCUUUUUGAGUUCAUUCUGGUCCAUAUAUAAUGUACAAAAAGCAGUUUCUUUGCCAUUCUCUGGCAAAGGGACUUUUCUGUGAAGACAAAGGUUUAAAGCCCUUCCCCCUUAGGAAUUUCAGUCUGGUUCUGCUGGGUGGGGGAAGUCAAUGCAAGUAUUUAACUUGAUCUCCUGGGUUUACAUGUGAUGUCCAGCGUUGCAUUUCAAUCACGAACAAUAAAUUUGACAAUCUCUUCUUCGAAUUAAAAUUGUCAAUAAUUGUUCUAUUGGUGUUAAUGUUGAAAGCUGUUGUGUGAACAAGUUGGUUGGUUGGUUAUCUUGCUUGGUUCUUGUGGCACUAGAACUGAUUUAUGACUUCCUGAGGAGUUCGCCUCUCGUUUCAACGCACACAGCUCUGAUAGACUCUUUGAUUUGUCUAGUUCGACUCAUUUCUGCUACACCACACUACCAGAGUGUAAGGGCACAUAAACAUGGUAAAACCACUCAGAAUACCUUAGCAAAGGCAUAGUAAAGCUCUGUUAAACAUAAUAUCCUAGAAUCAUGGUGGCGAGUUUUUCAUAGACAAGCACUCUCUAAUAUCGCUCAUUUUAAUAAUCAGACUUUAUACAUAGUGCUGAGGUAUGAACAAUUUGUUCUAUGGAUUCAGCUGCAUCAGCUGCAAAAUGAAAAGUUUGUCUCUAGGGAUUGCUAGCUGGCAAACGGACCUUACGAAAGAGGAUUUGUUACUUAGAUCACGAAAAGCCAAUUAAUCCUCACACAGAAUAUGUUAAAGAGCAUAGAUUGUGCUUUUAAAAGGGAAUCAAUUAUUUAGCUUCACUGUUUGAGAGCCUAUUAUGCGGAUCUCAAUGCAGAGCCACAAAGCAUGUGCUUGUCAGGGUUGAGUGCUGCUUUCAAGGAGGAUUUAAAGUCAUUGGAACAAAGCUGCCAUUACCAUAGUUCACCCCUUACCUCCGUCACGGAAACAUGGAGAGCAGAAAGUAAACUAUGCCAGAAUGUUUUACUGCAAAUAUAGCUAUCACAAUCCUGUCCUCAGUGUAAAAGCCUAAAGUCUCACUGGUUGGAUUAAUAGAAUUUGUGCACACGGGUCAUAAUUAGAUACAUGUGAGCUCAAAACACCCUUGAGCAUUUGCAAAGUAAAUGUUUUCACCAGCACAAGACAGGCCAUGAUACGUCUUGCAUUUUUUAUUAGCAGCAAUGUCAGAGUUGAUGAUUAGAUGCUUUGAAAUGAUGCAAAAAAAAACAACAACAAAAAAAUGUAUUACAGUCAGGGAUUCGGUGCCUUGGUUCAGGUGUUAAAUUGUCUGGCUAAUAGAACCGUUUAAUUUCCUCUCUCCAGAUUCAUUAGGUUUUAUGUCAUUGAAAUGCGGCAAGCACAACCUGCUAUUAAGCUGUUCUUUCCAUCACAUCAAUUUCAUUCACUAGUCAGUAUUAUCACAUUGCUUUAUUGAGAUGAGAUGCUUGGUAGAAUUGUUGCUUUAGGUAUAACCUUAUUAAAUAUCUGUCUCCUGUAUACACUAGUUAGACCGAUGUAUGUUUCUUCAUGUUUUCGUGGAAACCAUGAUACACUACCACUCAGUUAUAAGUUGGGGGUAAGCAAAUAAUAACUAAAUAACAAUUAAAUAAUAAAAAAUAAAAAAAAAUAAAAAAUAGAACAAAAGAAAAAGACAACUGCAAGGAUGAGUUAAAUUGAUCAAAAAGGGAUCAGAUAUUUGCUGCUUGAACUAUUCAUAAAAGCACAUUGAAACAAAAUGUAUCAAGGUUUCCACAAAAAAACUGUAUUCAACAUUGACACUAAGAAAGAAAGAACCUUUAUUAAUAAUCAAGCACCAAAUUUGCAUAUUAGAAUGAUUUCUAAAGGAUCAUGUGAAAUUGAAGGCUGAAGUUAUAGCUUCUAAAAGUUCAGCUUUGCCAUCAUAGUAAUACAUGACAUUUUAAAAUAUACUAAAAUAGAAAACAGUUCCUUUAAAUCAUAAUAAUAUUUCACAGUAUUACUAAUUUUACUGGAUUUUUAUCAAAUAAAUGUAGCUUUGUUGAGCAGACGGCAUAAAAAAUGUGUCUGUCCACUGCCCAAAUAAAUUUCCCAUGUAUUCUUUAGCAAUUUUGAGUCAAUAUUCUGUCAAAUAAAUGUUCGGUGAUUUUGUGAAAAUCUUAUUUGGUAUCAUAAAAUAUUUACAGUGAGGUCCACUGGGAGACCACUUUGAAAAUAUUAACCUAACCUAUUUAAUUCAUACAUGGAAAUUUUUUAGAAUAAGUUUCCACUUUAAUAUUUCACAUAACAUAAUUUGCAUUGAAAUUAUUAAUUUGAAUAAUGUAAAAUAAUUGUAUUAAAUAAUUAUAUAAUACAUUUUAUAUUAAAUUAAUACAUUAAAAAAAAGAGUUAAAUUUCUAAGAAGUAUUCCGUUUUCUCAGACACUUGGACCCCAUUGUACAUUGGCCUUUCAUCCACUAUCAGCCAUCCUCCACGCUAGAUAUCAGGAACAGUUCACUAUAAACAUGACUACAAAUAACAGCUUUAUAUGAUUAUUCCUAUGGAUAGUGGCAGCCGGGUCUGUCCUGCAGUAUGAAUAAUCAUGGCCAAACAUGUCGCUGAUGACACAGAGUGAAUGGCAUGGUAGCAUUUUUAAAAAUGGACCUUAGAGCUGAAGGGCUGGUGUGGGUUGGCUGGACAGUGGAAAUAUAAACAGAGCUUCAGAAUGAGUGUUUAAAGCUGAUAUACACAAAACAAACUGACAGGGGCUUUAAGAUUUAGUGGUUUCUGCCACCAUGAGUGUGGGGGAUCCUGGGAAGUGACAUAUGUGGAUAAAUCAGAGCCGACCCACUUCCAAGUGGGUCAUUCUUGGGUUAUCAGGUGUCUGCCAAACAAUUUUUCACGGAAUGAUUUAGGAGCACCAAGUGGAACUGGAUCUUACUCUUCUAAUUUUAACUUUCUCUUCUCUUCCCCUUAAUUGCUUGCUUUUUUUUACUUCUCACGAAACUUGAUGAAAGUGUUAGCGGAGUUGCAUAUCUAAACGGACCGUAACCUUUUGUGCUAAACCACUAAUGCAGCUCUCUCCUGUAAGCAGCAAAGUCGCCUGCAGUUCAAGUUCAGGACCUUGCACAUGCCUUUUCUAGUCCUGGAGGGUACAGGCUGAAGGUCUGCAGGUUUAAAAAUAGGAGUGAAUGUGAUCAGGUUCCGAGUUUUAUUUUCAUAGCUCAGAGGAAUCCUCGGAGCGCAGACUGGUGGCCUGCAGGGGCAGAACUCUUCUGGUCCUGGGAAAUGGCCUGCAGGGGAAGAUGUUUUACAUGCUAGACACAGAACUAGCUGUAUAUACACCGCAGGAUGUCUUUGGAUAAAAGUCUUCUGUGAACACAAUAGUUCCCCUAAGCUGUCUGGACUGCCAUUCUGACGGUACCCAUUUACUGCAGAAGAUCCACUGGUGAGCAAGGGAUGUAUUAAUAUAUUUCUCCAAAUUGGUUCAGAUGAAGAAAUAAAUUAAUCGAGAACUUGGAUGGCCUGAAGAUCGAUCGUGGGUCGUUAGAAAUGCCAGUGAAGAUGACAGCUAGCUGCUGGGUGAUCUGUCUGUUUCUGCUGGGAUCGGUCACAGAGUUCAUUGUUCUAGCCAGUCCUGAGGUAAACGAAAGCCAGCAACAACAUCCUCAAAAUGUGUACCAUGACAUCAGUGUUACCAGGAACAAGAUUGUGACGGCACAGUUUGAGUGCUAUCAGAAGAUUGUGAAGGACAACAGUCAACACAAAAUAGCAGGCCCGGUGUGCAACAGGACCUGGGAUGGAUGGUUGUGUUGGGACGACACAGAGGCCGGCGUCACCUCUGAGCAGCACUGUCCUGACUAUUUCCAGGACUUUGACCCUACAGAAAUGGUAACCAAAACAUGUACAGAAAGUGGGCAGUGGUUCUUGCAUCCUGAGAGUAACCGCACAUGGACAAAUUUCACCAGAUGUAAUUUGCUCACUAAUGAAGGACGCAGGACCGCAAUGAAUUUGUUCUACUUGGCGCUAAUAGGUCAUGGGCUCUCUUUAACCUCUUUGUUCAUCUCGCUAGGCAUAUUCUUUCAUUUCAAGAGUUUGAGCUGCCAGAGAAUUACCCUGCACAAAAACCUUUUCUUGUCCUUUGUAUUAAACUCCAUCAUUACUAUCAUUUGGUUAACAACAGUGGCAAACAACCAAGAAGUGGUUCAGGAAAACCCAAUCAGCUGCAAAGUAUCCCAGUUUAUCCAUCUGUACACCUUUGGAUGCAACUACUUCUGGAUGCUUUGUGAAGGGAUUUACUUGCACACACUCAUUGUUGUGGCAGUUUUUGCUGAAAAACAGCACUUAAUGUGGUACUACCUUCUUGGAUGGGGUUUCCCACUUAUACCUGCUACAAUACAUGCAGUAGCCCGAAGUCAUUACUACAAUGAUAAUUGUUGGAUCAGCUCAAAUACUUCUCUGCUAUAUAUUAUUCAUGGCCCUAUCUGUGCAGCACUGCUGGUGAACUUGUUCUUUCUUCUAAACAUCGUACGAGUCCUCAUCACCAAACUGAAAGUGACGCAUCAAGCAGAGUCUAGUCUGUAUAUGAAAGCUGUCCGUGCCACGCUCAUUCUGGUUCCACUGCUGGGCAUCCAGUACGUUCUCCUCCCAUACACACCUGGGGGGCGCGCUUCUGCUGAAAUCUACGACUACAUCAUGCAUAUCCUAAUGCAUUAUCAGGGACUGUUGGUGGCCACAAUCUUCUGCUUUUUCAACGGAGAGGUCCAAGCGGUUUUGAGAAGGCACUGGAAUCAGUAUCGCAUACAGUUCGGAAGCAACAUUAUACAGUCUGAUGCUCUGAGGUCUGCGUCGUACACGGCGUCCUCCAUUACAGAGGUCCUGGGCUGUUACAGCAUCGACGGCAACACGGAACACUUGAAUGGCAAAAACUGCCAUGACAUUGAUAACAGCACCUUAAAACCAGAGAAUCCCUUUGACUGAUGUCACUGAAUGUGGCAGUAUGCCGCUUUAAAAAAUAAAUAAAUAAACUUGGAUAUAGCGACAGCUGUCACAUGGCUGACUUGGACCUUUUUACUCAUAAUUCACUGAUCAUCUCUCUGAAGGGUGGAGAAAAGGCAUCUCUCCUAGAAUUUACACUGAAAAACAUUUUGCUACCUUCAUUUAAUGUUAAGUGGACAUAUAUAUGUAUUACUGGCCGGGUCUUUGUACUUUACAGUAUUUUAGAUUGCGCAACUACUGUGCACAGUGGAAUUAAGUGUAAAUAUUCAGCUCUUUUUUUUUGUACUUCUUUGUCUUAUAUUUGUUCCUGUGGUGAUAAAAAUUAAUUAUCAAUCUAAUCCAAAUGAUGACCACACUAAUAGGACAUUUAUAUGUCAUUUAUAUUUUACUUAAAAACAAAAAUAAAAAACGGUAUGUAUGCAGUGCCCAAAAGCCAGUGCCUCUUUUCUUUUAUAAUAAUGACUUGGUGUAAAUCUGUUAUUUUCCUGUGCAGACAGAAUUAUAACCAAUUAUUGUUCAUCUGGACUACAAUAAUUCAUAAACACCUGUUUUAGGGACCCCUAAAAAUGACACUGGAGAUGGGACCAGAAUUUAUGUAACAUUUCUAGGUUUAGUAAGAACUUAGUGUGAAGCAUUACAGUACAAAAACAUGCUUACCACUUUAUUUAUGAUAUAGUUCUCAACUUAUUCUCAACAUAUGCUUAUUUUUUUCACAAUUAAAUGUAUACUACACAUGCCACAUUUUCAGUGUUUUUUGAUUUCAUAUUUCUUAUAAUGCUCGUAGAGCUCAGUCAUGUAUGUAUGUUUCUUUUAAUACAUUGCUUUUGUGAAAUAAGUACAAUAAUUCACCACCUAGAGUGUUACUUAGCAACUUUUCCUAUAACAUGUUUGGAGUGUUUGAGAUCUCACUCUCUUGUGUCACAGGCAGGGAUUCUUUUUACCCAACUCUACCUAAACUCAAUUACAUUCCAUAUGAUUUGAAAAAUGUGCCUACUGUUCAUUUCCUCUGAUGUCACAGUGUUACCAAAACUCACUCCAUUUUAGACUUCUGACAAUCAACAAUCCGACGUCCAGUUUUCAUAAUGCUUCAAGGAAUAGUUCACCCAAAAAUGAAAAUCGCCGUUAUUUGCUUACUUUCAUGUAAUUCCAAAUCUGUAUGCGGACAAGAUAAUUUUUGAUUAAUCUUACUCCCCCUCUUUCCAAUGAUAGUACGUAGUGGCCAGUGUGUGUGUGUGUGUAAAUAUUACCCGCUUCUGACUUGUACACUAUAUUCUAAGCUUUCAGAAGUCAUACAAUAUAAAAAUUUUAAUCUUUUAAUUUUACAUGACAGACUGAAUGUCAUUAUUCGCUGUGUGUUAAAUUAUUCUUUUCGAUCAGUUCUGUUCAGUGAGCCAAUUUAUGUAAAAAAAACAACAACAACCUUGCAUAUUAUUUUUGGGUGAACUAAUUUAAUCCCUGUUUUUGUCCGUAUUCAUAUUUUAACUGCGAAACAGAAUUGUUGACAAUGUUGAAAAAUGCAGGAAUGUGCUUGUACUAAUUAUGUAAAUAUUACAUUCUUAGUUCUUCUUAGUGAUCACAUUUGAAUAUUUUAUGUGGGUGUGCAUAAUAUCGCUUUGUAAUGCAGACAGGAUUUGUGUGCAUUUCUUCCACCCUACAUGGAAACGUAACUCAUUCUGGGUUCAGAACAAAUCGGUAUUAAUAUUGCAAAUCACAGCAUGUCAACAAAUGCCAACCAAAAAUCCACAGUAUGAUUUAAUCAGGUUUUCAUCAACAGACUCAACACAGUAUUCUUUACCUUGAAUCUCAUUUAUUUUCAUGAAUGUGUGCCAAUUACUGUUGCUCAUAAAGCUUCUUCAUGGUUUUUGGUAUGGUGUUUGUGAUCAUUUGUGUUUCAGUGAAAACAAAACACAUACUGCAGGACGGUUUCAUAUGUUUCAUAUAUAUAUUUGCUUGUCGUUUUUUGACCUGCUAUUUUAGGUUGUACUUUGUGUGAAAGUCAAUUUGCUUUUCAAGUUGUUAUCAAAAUAGUUCUAUCGUGUAUAUGCUGCACCUAAGUUCAACCACUUCAAAUGUUCUUUUUUUGUAUGAAUGUAAUUUGUCUUUGUUCUCUUGAGGUGUAUUUGUGAAACAUCUAUUUCAUAAAAUGUGGGCAGUGUUGCAA